AUGAAACUAUAUAUGGCCUGCAAGGACUGGGGCUUCUUUCAGAUUAUAAACCAUGGGGUACCUGAAGACAUUUUAUAUAGAAUCAAGAAUACAAUGGCUGGAUUCUUUGAUCUUCCACUGGAAGAGAAAAAGAGAUACUCAAUGGCAUCAAAUGAUCUCCAAGGAUAUGGGCAAGCAUACGUAGUCUCAGAGGAGCAGAAACUAGACCGGAAUGAUUUGAUAUUUCUAAUGAUACUCCCAACUGAAAUGAGGAAAUUAAAUUACUGUCCAACUGUGGUACCAGACUUCAGGGAUGCAGUUGAAUUGUUUUCAAUGGAAAUGAACAGGAUAACUGUUGAGCUGCUCGCCAAUCAUUCUUUGCUAAUGAACAUGGAUAAACAUGGGCUUUUAAGACUGCAUGGGGCUUUAAAACAAGCUAUGCGUAUGAACUACUAUCCAACUUGCUGCAGACCUGAUCUAGUUCUGGGUGUGAGUCCACAUUCAGAUGGCAGCUCUAUCACCAUACUUUUGCAAGAUGAUGACAUAACUGGCCUCCAAAUUAAGCACAAGGGGGAAUGGCUUCCUGUAAAACCAAUUCCAAAAGCUCUAGUGGUGAAUAUUGGAGAUGUUAUUGAGGUAUUCAGAAUCUAACUAGCAAAAUUUCUAUUUUUUGGAACCCCAAAAAACUUAAUAUGAAGCAUUAGC